AUGUCUACACUCUUCUGCUGUGUUGCCAUCGAACCUUAUCGUCCUCAAUACCUCUCCCAUCAACCCAAGUUCAACAACUUCAUGUCAUGGGCUUCUUUCCCCAGAGAGUCUACUCUUAAUGAGACCCAGCAUGACCUCUCCCAGCUCAAUCCUUCUUACGCAGUCCAGCUUGUUAGACAAGUAAACUUCGGCCCACUGGAGUCUAAAAGAUACUUCAUCCCUCAUAAUACAUCCGAAGGGCAAUACGUUGAAGUGUCUGAGCAAGACUUGAUCCAAGCCAACUUCAAGAAGCUAAAUACCUACAAGAACUACAAAUGCGGUGGCCACAACAAGUUCUUUGAAGUGAACAUCUACCAGAAAGACCCCGUCAACAAACACCACUGGCGCGCUAAUAUCGCAAGACCCGCUGGUUCAAUCGACCUCUAA